AUGUAUAAAGCCGUAGUCGCAGUCCUCGUCGUGGCCGUGGUCAUGAGCUUUCAGCAGACGGCUUCAGGGGACACUCUGAACCACUUCGAGCGUGAGAUAGUUUCGGAGUUGGCGGCGCAGAUCCUGCGCGUGGCCCAGGGACCCUCGGCCUUCGCGGCGGGACCUCACAAGCGCAACUCGGAGCUGAUCAACUCCCUCCUGGGGAUCCCCAAGGUCAUGAACGACGCCGGGAGGAGAUAAACAACGAGAGAUCAUGGACACGACGUAGAAUACCAUAUCCCAGAACACUUUCACCCUCUUUGUCUUAACAAAAUAAAUGUUGCAACUCUGA